UGACAGAGCAGAGGCGGGCGGAAAUGGCGUGAAUCAAGCGCAAGGAAGCCUGGAUGGCGCGCCAAAUUUCAAAGGACUUCCUGGGGGAAAAGAACGCGAAAAUCUCCGUUCAGCAAACAACGACGUUUAAAUUGGACAUAAAUGAUCAAAAGACUAAAGUAUAUAGACAGUUUGAAACAAUCGGCGGCGUUAGCAACAUAUUUAGACAGUGGAUAAGAGCUCAAGUGCGCCAGAUUCGAGCCACUUUUGUGGAGUUAUGGGCAACUUUGAAGGGGGCCACAAUCUGAACUCAUCAUGAGAAGCCACAGUGAUCAGGGCCUGGCCGUUGCCUUUCUGCAAUUCUGACUGGCAUCAUAAGAGAAACUGCUGAUGCACAACCACAUUUCGAAUUGCAUCGGUAUCUUCUAACUCUCAACGAGUGAACCACCUCAAGCUUCUAGCUCCCAGCCUUUUACGUGUCAAUUUAUGAAUUAGUUAUCUUAGUCAAAUGUACACAGCCUUACAACUGAUAUUUCGGUGACAUUACUCAGCAAAUAACCGUGCAGGUUAUAGAUUGUAUACGAUAUGUUUGACUGUUAAAACGAGAGUUUUAAUGUUUAAUCUGUUCAAAUUCAUUCAACACCACAUACUAAGAGCCAAGCUUUUACCAGCAUUACAGACCGCUUUUGUUUGUUAACACAUUCACUGACUUAAGUGCUAUUUAAGCGAUGGAAAGCUCUAUGUAAGAAAGUAGCUGUUACUGACUGGGGUGGGGAUCGGUUAGUCGUGGCCAUGCUGUCCGGCGUCCAGCCGUGUUUCCAGCUGCUGAGAAUCGGCUCGUCCUCUACGGAUUCAGCCCGGGACCUGUACACGUUCCGGCCUGCGCUGACCCACUCCGUGUUCCGGCUGGGCCGUGAGGCAGAGCUGUGUGACGUCACACUGGACUCGACGUCUGUGUCUCGGAUCCACGCCGAGCUGCAUGCUGAGAGGGAAGCUGAGGGAGCAGCCGAGGGGGGCUGGAAGGUGCAGAUAAAGGAUCGGAGCAGCCAUAGUACCUGGGUGAAUGAGGUCCGGCUGCAGCCAGGUGUCCAAUGGGAGCUCUCAGAUGGUGACACGCUCACCUUCGGUGGCCAAUCAGAGAGAGGGAGCCCAGAGUUCUACUUCCUCUUCCAGAAGGUUAGCGUGCGGCCGUUGGACUUCGACGCCAUCACCAUCCCAAAGGCCGGCACCUUCUCCUCCGACCUGAAGAACCGAAUCAGAACGAGCCUGGACCGCAAGGCGGUGGCCAACUUGGAUCUCAACAGGGCGACCGUCAUUCUGAAUUCCAUCGGAAGCCUGAGCAAGAUGACUGGGACUCCUUGGACGUUUAAGAGGAGGUGUGACGGCAAUAUCACAGACGCAAGCUCCACCUUCUUUCCUUCAACAUCCUUGGUCCCGCCCUCCACCCCUCCUCCCUUUCCACCCACUACCUCUGUGGUCUCAUCCAAGUCACUCCCGCCCUCAUCCAAGAGCAGGCGCAAGUCAGCCCACACUGUCCUUCUGGAGGAUGACAGCUCGGAUGAGCCUGGGAACCACCGACAAGUGAAAGACGGACCGAGUGGGACGAAGAGAAGGCGCCUCUACAAGUCCGAAUCUGAGGGUUUCCACGCUCAUUUACCCAAAACGGACCAGGAUGUACGACGCCAGUUUGAACUGAAACGCGUGCCUGUGCCCAAACCGGUCGCAAACUGUCACACCAUCGUCGCUAACGGCAAACUCAACCAUGUGUCCUUCAACAUCAGUCAGAGGCGGGAGAUUGACCCAAACAAUCAAAGAACUGGCCCAAAUGUGAACGUCUCUGUGUUUCGCCAGCAGAAUAUUUUUUUGCCGCCAUCCUCUGGGCGGGGAAGGCAACGGGCUCACAGCGCCCCAGUUUACUCCCCUGUGGUGGUGGGAGGAAAGACUUACACCCUGGGUUCUCCAUCCUUGAGGAUCUGCAAAGAGGAUGGAGGACGGGCAGGGCAGUUUGCCAGAUUUCACAUUACCUCUGGCAAGCGGCGGGGCAGACCAAGGAAGCACCCUCCUCCGCGGCCCUCCCUUCCCCCUCCUUCCUCUUCGUCUUCCUCCUCCUCGUCGUCCUCUUCGAGCUCCUCCUCGUCGUCCUCUGAAGACGAGGUGGAGGGAGUGUCACAGGGGGUGGAGCCGUGUGCCGCGCCUCGCUGCCGCCUGCCCCAGCAGGACACUGUGCAGUGGGUCCAGUGUGACGACUGCGACGCCUGGUACCACCUGGACUGCCUGCACGGGAAGAACCUCCUGCUGGACCCCAACGCAGACUUCCACUGUGGCUGCCGCUGAUACAGCAGGAGUGGGUCACAGACCCCUACACCAGAGUACACUUAAUGCCUUAAUCAUACCACAAUGAAUUAUGGGGGGGGGAUACAUUUUAUUCUUGUAUAAUGGGGAUUGUAUGGUCAAAGUAGAUGUACAGUGUUCGUGGAGGUAAAAAAAAACACAAAAGUUGCGACUGAGGCUCUUAUGAACAGUAGGAUGGGUCUCGUACCUAAUGGUUAGAGGCUGCUCUUAACUGACAUUUUUCAAAGUGCUCAUCUAAGCUCGCUCUGAUGCUGAGCAACGGUUUGAGGAAUUACAAUGAAAGCGUGUACUUGGGUUAGCUGGUGGUAACCCCGGGGACUGAUGAACUGAACUAUUUUAGCCGCACACAGGCUACUCUUGGGAACAGUACAAGUCUCGAAACAAGUUGGCUGACAGUGAUGGGGCUGCAGGUUUUCUAACUUCCUGUACGAAUCACUUUCAUAUUGGGUUGUGAAUAAACCCUGCUGUUGGUGGGGCUAAAUUAAGGUGGUAUUGGGAGAAUUGAUGUCCACUCAAAAAAAGAUGAGCGUGGGUUUUCUGCGUUCAUUCUCUGUUGUGUUGAUGCCGACUUUAUUUUGUUCUUCUGUCUGAUGACUUCGAUUCAUAUAUCUAACGAUGUAUCCGUAUCGGUCCAAAACACGACGAGAUUUCAGCUGUGGAGCAGGGACUGCCAAAACUUGCAGGGUUUUGUUCCUGCCCUACUAUAGCUCACCAGUUGCUCCUUCGGGAUCUUGAUUGGCUGAUGUAGGACGGCUGGAGUAUAAACCGGCUCUCCAGGAAGGAGGGUUUGCUACACCUGAUGUAUGGUCACAAAAUACUUCACGCCCUCUUCACUUUGAUGAUUAUAAGAUCAGCUCGCGGGAGAGCGUUACAGUUUGGAUGUUUUCUCAACGUUAUUAGGGAAAAAAUCAAAUAUAUUUCAUGUGUUGAUGGAGUAUAUUUUCCAACCUGUAGUUCACAAGUACGUAUGUUCGUCGUGAGUCGUAUUGAGAAAGUAUAACGCACACCUGUUGUGGCUAUUGAAUUACCAGGUGCGCUGGUAAAAAAAAAAAACGGUGCUAAAUUGAAAAGGAACUUCAGCACACUGGUGAUCUUGACACAGCAGCUUCACAGAUUUAAUUGAUCUUCUGCGGAGCAUCAAGAUCACCGGUGUGAGCUUAUUUUCAAUUCACCAUGAUAUUACAAAUGACUCGUACUUCGGCCCUCUGGGGGUACAUAUCCAUCGAGUUAUGGCUCUGGGUUGUGAGUCGUGGUAACAUUCUCUGUCCUUUCUAAUAGCUUUUCAUCCAGAUUUUCUUUCACCAAUUGUAGUACGUCUCCUCUCGGGUUAGUGAGGUGUGCCCUGAAGCCCUGGUUAACGUGAAUACCAAGUCAGAUCUCUGCAGACUGCCUCAGACGGCCAGGGGAAUAGAUUAUAGAGCUGCCCGACUCUCAAGGGAGAGUAUAACGUUGUCUGUGUUUCCAUGGCAACACUGUUUUCGGCCAGCCACAGCAACAGGCAGUGUUAAUUCUGGGAACCUUGGAGGCGAUUGGAAAUGAGAUGGUAGGGAGGGCGGAAAUCUAUUUGACUCGGAUAAUUGUAGUCUGAGGGAAAAUGCAGUACUGUUAUCGGGAGGGUGGUAACGAGAACAUGGAGCUGAAAAGCUAUUUCACAUUGUUAUUGUUCGUUGCCAGCAGAGGGCUGUCUUGUUCUUUUAAGUGAACUCUAUGGCUUUUUGACAUGGCUUAAUAGUGUCUGGUGUAAAACUACCUGUCUGGAUAUAUUUAUGCAGCCAUUCCCAAUUAUUUUAAAUAAAAAUCAUAUGUUUCAUUAACCA